AUGGUAAUAGGCAGCAGCGAUGGUGGUGCCACUUCAGUGUGUGGUGGAAAUCUAUCAGACUCUACUGCUGAAGGCGCACCGCCGACACUGGAUGCCUAUGACACAGACGCCGCAUCCCUCGUGUCAUCCGCUCACCAUAUCUAUCAACUGAGCACACCACGUGACUGCAGCCCGACUUUAUCACCACACAACAGCGCAUCGCCCUUCACACGCUCCAUCGACGCUGGAUCUCUAUCAAGAUCUGUGGAGCAACUAUCAAGCCCUGGCGAGUGUGAGGCAGCCCUGCUUGGCGGUGUACGUGGACGAUCAGGUGCCGGCAGUAAGGGAGCUCGUGGCCGGGGCUCGGCGUGGGGUUCCAUAUCGCGAGUGUUCGCACGUUCCCGGCACCGCACCAAGUCCGGCAGUGCCGCUAUCAGCGGCCAUGAAAGUGAGCCGAUCUACUCCGGUACUGGUAGCACUCGCGCUUGGUCGCCGUUGGGCAGUGAGGCCGCGUUGAGGGAGGCUGCGUCGCUGCCACUUUCAAGAUGGCGCGCGCCCGCCAUUAUUGCGUGGCUGGAACUGGCGCUUGGAAUGCCACAAUACGCUGCUGCAGUUGCUGAUAAUGUCAAGAGCGGAAAGAUCCGUGCUUUGAAUGGGCAGGUUCUGCUCGAGCUGUCUGACGCGGACCUGGAGGUGGGGCUGGGCAUCUCGCAGCCGAUGCACCGCAAGAAGUUGAGGCUCGCCAUCGAGGAGCGGAGGAGACCGGACCUCGUCAGGAACCCCAGUAUAGGGCAGUUGACGCACGCCUGGGUCGCCGCUGAGUGGCUGCCAGAUUUGGGACUGUCACAGUACGCUGAGUCAUUCCUGGCAAAUCUAGUGGAUGCUCGCAUGCUCGACACCAUCAGCAAGAAGGAACUGGAGAAAUAUCUCGGAGUCACCAGGAAGUUCCAUCAGGCCUCUAUCGUACACGGCAUCCAUCUGCUUAGAAUAAUGAAGUACGAUCGGCAGGCGCUCGCUGUCAGGCGGCACCAAUGCGAGAACGUCGACGCCGACCCCUUAGUUUGGACCAAUCAGAGGUUUAUGCGAUGGGCUCACAAUAUUGAUUUAGGUGAAUUUGCGGAUAAUCUCAAAGGUAAGGUGGCCCGUAGUGUAUUUGCUAAUGUUAUCCGGACCAGGACAGAUGGUCACGUAGCUGAUAAUCUUAUGACAACAGACAGUGGAGUGCAUGGUGGGCUUGUGGUACUCGAGCCCUCGUUCACCGGGGAGACAAUGGCGACAGCGCUCGGCAUUCCUCCAUCAAAGAGUAUUAUUAGAAGACACUUGGUAGCCGAAUUUGACGCUCUCGUCAUACCAGCGAGAAACUUGUUCGGUCACCAAAUCAGGAUGUUGGGUAGACCGUUCUCGAGGUCCGUUGCCACUGGGUUACCAGGCAUAGACCUCAGUGGGGAUUCCAGAAGGCAUAGUUUGAGGGGUUCAAUAACCCGAGCUCUAGGGGUGUUGAAACCGAAGCACGAGCGAACUUCCCCGUCGAGUUCUAGUGAAAGUUCGAGUGUAUUGAGCUUGACGCAGCCCUACCAGAUCUCAUACUCGCCGCCGAUAGCCGUGCGGACACUAUCGCAGCUCAGCAUGACAUACGCGCCACCUCCAACGUUGCAAGAAUACGAGCCGAUAUACACACCACUCAGCCUGUACUCGCAGUCCAGUGUAUCCACCAGAGACAGCCUCACCAGGCUGAACGAUAUCAAGGAAAAUUCUAGUAUUACACAUAGGUACGGACAGAAAGCGGACCAAGCACAUCGGGUGAGCUCCCCUCUCCCGGCCAAGUCAGCAGACGAUGCGAUUAUCAAGCAGAAGCGACAUCGACGAGUCAAGAGCAUCGGAGACAUCAACGCUUGCACUAAAGCACCAGUGUAAACACAACCUUAUGUCAAUUAUAUUAGGAGCUUUAUCGAUUCAACGAUCUUAAAAAGCCGAGCGACUCAUCAAAC